UUUCUAGGUAGACAAUGUUAUUAGCUCAGAUAAAUCGAGACUCUCAGGGAAUGACUGAAUUUUCUGGAGGAGGAAUGGAGGCCCAGCAUGUGACUCUCUGUCUAACAGAAGCUGUAGCUGUUCAAGGUGAACCUUCAGAUGGUGACAACUUAGAAAACAUGGAAGGUGUAAGUUUGCAAGCAGUUACUCUUGCUGAUGGCUCCACUGCUUACAUACAGCAUAAUUCUAAAGAUGGUAAAUUAAUGGAUGGCCAAGUGAUUCAAUUAGAAGAUGGUUCUGCUGCUUAUGUUCAGCAUGUACCCAUGCCUAAAAGCAGGGACAGCUUGCGUCUGGAAGACGGACAAGCAGUUCAGCUGGAAGAUGGAACUACAGCAUUUAUUCAUCACACCUCAAAAGACAGUUAUGACCAGAGUGCACUACAAGCAGUCCAGCUGGAGGAUGGAACUACUGCCUACAUUCACCACACGGUGCAAAUGCCACAGUCAGAUACCAUUUUAGCCAUUCAAGCUGAUGGCACAGUGGCAGGUCUUCAUACAGGAGAUGCUGCCAUUGACCCAGAUACCAUCAGUGCUUUGGAGCAAUAUGCAGCCAAGGUGUCUAUUGAUGGAAGUGACAGUGUUAGUGGCACAGGAAUGAUAGGUGAAAAUGAACAAGAUAAAAAAAUGCAGAUUGUCUUGCAAGGACAUGGAACAAGAGUGACUGCAAAAUCUCAGCAGAGUGGAGAGAAAGCCUUUCGCUGUGAUUACGAUGGCUGUGGAAAACUGUACACAACAGCUCACCAUCUUAAGGUGCAUGAAAGGUCACACACAGGAGACAGACCGUAUCAGUGUGAACAUCCUGGAUGUGGCAAAGCCUUUGCGACAGGGUAUGGGUUAAAAAGUCAUGUCCGAACACACACUGGUGAAAAGCCUUAUCGGUGCACAGAAGAAAACUGCACCAAGUCAUUCAAGACUUCAGGAGACCUGCAGAAACAUAUCCGAACCCACACAGGUGAAAGGCCCUUUAAGUGUCCGUUUGAAGGAUGUGGCAGGUCAUUCACAACAUCUAAUAUUAGAAAGGUUCACAUCAGGACACAUACAGGCGAAAGGCCUUAUUACUGUACAGAGCCAGGAUGUGGGAGAGCUUUUGCCAGUGCAACUAAUUAUAAGAAUCAUGUGAGAAUACACACAGGGGAGAAGCCCUAUGUCUGUACAGUUCCUGGUUGUGAUAAACGUUUUACGGAGUAUUCCAGUUUAUACAAACAUCAUGUUGUACAUACUCAUUCCAAACCAUAUAACUGUAAUCACUGUGGGAAAACAUACAAGCAGAUUUCUACCCUUGCUAUGCACAAGCGGACAGCACACAAUGACACAGAGCCCAUUGAAGAAGAACAAGAGGCUUUUUUUGAGCCACCUCCAGGUCAAGGUGAAGAUGUUCUCAAAGGCUCCCAGAUAACCUAUGUGACUGGUGUCGAAGGAGAAGAUGUAAUUUCUGCACAGGUUGCUACAGUUACUCAGUCAGGAUUAGGUCAACAAGUAGCACUAAUAUCCCAGGAUGGAACCCAACAUGUCAACAUAUCCCAGGCAGAUAUGCAGGCCAUUGGCAAUACUAUCACUAUGGUAACACAAGAUGGCACCACCAUCACAGUCCCUGCCCACGACGCUGUCAUCUCUUCUGCAGGAACACAUUCUGUAGCAAUGGUUACGGCAGAAGGCACCGAAGGACAGCAGGUUGCCAUUGUGGCUCAAGACUUAGCAGCAUUUCAUAGUGCCUCAUCAGAAAUGGGACAUCAGCAACAUGGGCACCAUUUAGUGACUACAGAAACUAGACCAGUUACAUUGUUGGCUACAUCCAAUGGAACACAGAUUGCAGUACAGCUUGGAGAACAACAGUCUCUGGAAGAAGCCAUUAGAAUAGCCUCCAGAAUACAACAGGGUGAAACACCAGGGAUUGAUGAUUAACUUCUAAAACUGCUACCAGAACAAUAGAGUGAAAGGUAUAUUAUUUUCAAUCAACAAAGGUCCAUGCCAGCAGCAGCCCAUAAAAACUUUGAAGUUCCCGGCUUGUUGAUACUGUGUACACAUUUUUAUGCAAGAGCGAAGAACAUUUUCUAAGAAUUGUGUACAUAACCCUUGGAAUGGACUGACAUCAUCAACUUCCAACUGUUGUAUAUUCAGGAAUAUGGAAUUAGGAUUAUAUAGUAAAUUUCCUUGUUAUCCUUUCAUCAGAUUUCAGACUGGUCUACAAGCAAGUGAAAAAUUAAGCAGAAGUAUUGGAAAUAAUUUUUAAUGUCCUGUACAAAUAAUGAAGGCAUUACUGAAGAUUUCGGAUGUUUAAAGUACUAUUAAAAAAUCAUCGUUUCAGGUACCCUUACAAGUAAUAAAGACGACAGAACUUUUUAAAUUGCAUUCCAUAAAUGGUAGUGUCUUGGAUUUUGAACCUACUGUACAUCUUCGUAUUUUGAUUUGUUUCAUACAGAUUUGAAUAUUCUUUAGAUUGUCCACCCCAUCUCAUUCAUUGUAAAUACAGACUGUUAAUGCUGGAAGUGCUAAUAUUAUCUUUAAAUUGGAUUAUGUAUAAAGGAGAAACUUUGGUUGUUCAAUAUUAAAGGAAGUAAAUCUAA